UAUUGUGUUUUUCGUUCGUUGCGAAAUGAGGAGACUGAGAUAUUUUACAAACUUAGUGUCUAUGUGGCAUGCAUACAUUUGUCAACGUUUUGGUACGAUGCCAGUAGUUGUAGCGAGAGCGGAAGGGAGGUCGUCGCAUACUCGUCACUUGUCAAGCUAAAUUGCCGUCUAGUGUUGUUUCUAAUGGCACUAGACUUCGUAGCAGGAUGUCUUGGAGGAUUGUCUGGUAUAGUAGUGGGGCAUCCUUUCGAUACCGUCAAGGUUCGCCUUCAGACUCAAGUAACCAAGCGAUACACAGGGACGUUCAAUUGUUUUACUCAGAUAAUAAAACAUGAAACGGUGUUUGGUUUGUACAAAGGCAUGCUUUCUCCAAUGGCCGGGGUAGGCCUCAUAAAUGCUAUCCUAUUUGGAGUCCAGGGUAAUCUAUCUCGUCUGCUGGAGCCAGGGUUAUCCAGUCAGUGCAUCGCUGGAGGAAUUGCAGGUGCUGUUCAGUCAAUUGUGUGCUGUCCAAUGGAAUUAGCAAAAACUCGUGUGCAAGUUCAAAGUUCUGCUAAGAAAGAAUACCAAGGUUCGUUUGAUUGCUUGCUAAAAAUCUACCAACAACAUGGUGUUAAAGGCUGUUACAAGGGGAUGACCUUAACACUACUGCGAGAAACCCCUGCCUUUGCUAUCUACUUUGGAACAUUCGAGUUAUUUUGCCACACACUGACACCUGAAGGAGAUAGCAUAGAUUGUAUUGGACCUCUGGCUAUACUGAUGGCAGGUGGAUUGAGUGGAAUUUCCUCAUGGGUUGUUACUUACCCAAUAGAUGUUGUGAAGUCAAGAUUACAGGCAGAUGAAAUUGGAAGGAAGCGUAAAUAUCAUGGCAUGUUGGAUUGUAUUCGUAAAACUUACAGAAGUGGUGGUUUGAGUGCAUUCUCGCAUGGGCUAACUGCGACAAUUCUUAGAGCUUUCCCAACCAAUGCAGCAACCUUCGCAACUGUUACAGUAACUCUUAGACUUGCUAGAAACCGUGAGAAACAACUCGAAUUUGCUUAGUACCGAUAAUCAAUUAUUUCAUGAUUGUACCAAUUUGUCGAAUAGUUUAUGGGUUGCCUUGUUGAACUGGGGGCUAAUGAGAUCAAUACAACACUAUGCUGUGUUUGAGCAUCGCUGGUUAGAUACACAAACUAGGCAAAUAAUGUUUAUAUCUGAGCAAAGCGAGAAAUUGAAGGGUGGGACAAUGUGGAGUGGGUGGGAUUUAAACACAAAAUGAUAAAAUAGCCAAAUAGCACUACAGGAAGUGUCAAUGUGUCUGUAAGGUUUAUUCUUAUAAUUGUCAUUACUGAGAGCUUACCACUCUCAAGUCAGUGAUAUUUAGGCUCACCUGAGUACUUUUUAGUAGUGGAGUACUAUUAGGCUAACGGUAGUGCCAUUUCUCCUUUUUGUCAUUUUGUAUUUUAAACAUGCCAUGUAUUUUAAACUUUUACACUUUAGAAACUUCUUAAAAUAAUUAAUAGCAUUAUCAAUCUUUCAAUGCUAACCUUGUAGCCUGAGACACUGUAAAAGAUAUGAAGUUAUUUGCAGUUAGGGAGCUAUCCUUCUGUAUUUUUGGUUUGGAUUAUUCUACUUAUAUAUUACAUCUAUAGCUAGUGUAGCAGCAUAAAUUUAAGAAAUGCAGCUGGUCCAUUUUUGUUCAAGAAAUCCACACAGUGGCUUAAAAAAAUAAGUACAAAGAACUUCUUGGUUUGAACAAACAAUGUGUGUUGAAUCACACAAGGUAGGAUGUAAAGAAUAUUUUGUUAAGAUAAUUUACCUUACAUGUACAAUGUAAUUUUCCAAAGGGUGAAAACAUACAUUUAUUUCAGGUUUGUAGGACUAAGAUGGGGUAUUCACAUUUUUAGCAGGGUAUCCAACUUGCACUCCAUUUGUUUGGGUGUUAAGUUUUAUUAAAAUAUAACAAUCCACACAUGGUGGGGAUAUAACUUUAAUUUGCCAUGAGAUAUCUGCUCAUUUUGUAUUGAGUUGUACUGAGGUUUAAUUUUAUUUAUUGUAUAAAAAUUUAUUUUGUAACUAAACAUAGUAAUAUAUUUAUCAAUUUAUUGCAUACCUGGUUAUCUCACUGAUGAAGUGCCCAGGAGUAAAAAGUCACACUAUUUUGCUGGUUACUAACAAGUAAGUUGUGAUUUUAGAACAAAAAGUUACUUUAGGCAAGCACAUAACUGCCUCAGGCAAACUAAAUUCUCAGUGAAGUUUAUCAGCAGUAGAUGUACAAGAAAGAAGACUCUAGUCAUAAAACGCACAAAUAUGUGACUAAUGAUAUGAAUGCUUGUAACUGUAAACCAAUAUAUUUAUUCUUCAGGUAGCCAUAUAUUUUGUUUGAGCAAUAAGUGCACAAAAUUAUGUACUUAAGAUCUGCUCAUAUUGUGGUAACAUUUUGGUAUAUGAAACACCUCAUUUCCCAAAAUGACCCUGCUUUCAAAUUCUCGAGAAAGUCUAUGUUAAGUUCACCUCUAAACCUUGUUAUUUUGAUUUGAUCUGACGUGAAACGUUCGGUUUAAUUAAAAUAUUGAAAACUUCAAAUUCAUUUUUCUCGCACAGGGUCAGCUUGAGAGCUUAAGUCUCGAUACGUUCUUCAUAACUGAAUUGUAUUCAAGAUGUUACCCUACUGUGAGUUUUUUUGGUAAUUUUAUUUUGUGCUUUUAUUGCUUGAAUGUUAAGUGCAAUUUGUCUUAUGUGUUUUUAGUUUGUUUAGCGGUAAAUAUGUUUUGUGGCUGUUAAAAUUUUGUAGGUUUUUUCGGUGUGCAAGUGCAAAUGCAAAUGAUGUAAGGAGUAUUUUCCUGUGAGAAAUGUACUAUGGUACAAAACAAAAGAAGAAAUAAAUGAAUUUUAGCAAUGUGACUGAUUGAUCUGA